GUUGGUAGAGGUUUGACACUCGUAAGAAGCCUCCUCAACCAUGCUAUUUUGCAGCGUAAGCUUGUUGACAGUAGUGGUCUUGAAACGCAGCUCAAUUAGGCAACUAUACGGUAGUACUGACGGCCACAUCUCACAACCAUCAAGUUUGUUUUGAGUUAUACAGAGGCGGAGAACACGUGGUCGGUGGAUGGGACCCAUUGAGCGUUAAUCAAGCAGAGGAGACUAACGUUUCAAGCUAGGACGCUACUGCUAACACUGUGAUCGCAGUCGAAGCCAACGAAAUGACAAGUGGUGGAAAUUAUUCAUCGCUCCGCCGGGCUCAACUCACUUACGAUUAUCUGCAUACAAACAGGUAGUUACGGUAACGAUUUGCGGAGUAUUUUAUGGUCUUGAGCCCUUCACCUUGACCAAGAUUUUCAAACCAUGUGUAACAUGUAAGGGUAUUUGUGUCGGAUGACUACAGGCCCGUGCACGCGCAUGUUUUGCCUAUUUUACAGCCAAGGGUGCAUCAACUAAUUAAAACCUCGCUAGAAGCAAUGAAAAGAAACGUAAAUAAGUAUCUAAAUUAAUUCCUUUUACUUUAGUUUUUCGUAAAUGAAUAACAUUUCAAGCUUUUACGCUUCGCAGAAAGUCACGUAGGAUUUAAAUAGUAAUCUGCUCGCAGUGCGUAUAUAUUCAUGCAAAUUAUGUUGGAUCUGUAUGCCCGUGAGCUAACUAAGUGUAACUGACACGAUCUGAGGAGUAGCCUCCAGUGAUCUUUCUCCUUUCAUUUUUCCCCAAAUAGCACAACACACGAAUUCCUGUUCGGAGCUUUGGCCGAGUUGGUUGAUAACGCAAGGUAUGAAAUAUAAUUUCAGUUUCAGGGCACAUCGUUCGAAAUAAAAAGGAGUUGAAGGGGUGAAAACUUUCGCUCUUCCAGGACUCAAUAGCGCGAUGUAUUUCUUCAUUUCGCUGUUUACAAUUCACCGAGGGAUGUAUUUGUAAAUGAUUACCUUAACUUGGCGUCGUCGUUUGCCUUUCUCGGUGGAAAGACUCAACAACUCAGCGAAGUGCGAGUAAACGGAAAUUCCAACUGGUGUUGUUUGAUUCCUGUUGUCAGGAUUCUAUUGUUGAAAUAUUACCCUUGAUUUGGUUUACUAUCACCUUUUUUUACUUGUAUCUCGUUGUUUGGCCCACAAAGUGAUUAUAAAUACACUGAAAUUAUUGACUGAUAGCCGACAUGAAUGCAUCGAUCUGAUCACCCGGCUAGGUGUAGUGUAAUGACUUUAUUAUUGCUAACAUUUAUCUUAGUCAUUGACUCAGCCAUUUAUGUAUUUAUAGUUAAUUUUUCGUAUAAAUUUCUCCUUUAGAGAUGCAUCGUCACAGAAAAUCGACAUUUACACAGGUUGGUUACUGCUUCUGAAGGACUUUGACUUUGGUUGACAUUUAAUACGUAGAUAAGUAAGCAACACAAAAUUCCAAUGCUAAUGAUGCUAUUGUUUUCGACUUAGCAAAAUCACAUGGGUGCCGGACUUUGAUCACAUGAUCAAAGUGUCAUACUAAUUCAUUUACUGGGAGAUUUAGAGUUUAUAUAUUUAUUUGGUUUUCAUUUGAUAAUUUACAUUAUAUCUAUAUAUAGCAAACCUUAUGAAUCCUAAAUUAAAGUUCUUCUUUUGGUGUGAAAGCUUUUCACAAUAAUUACUUUCUGGUGGAUGUUUAUUUUGGGAAACAGAAGGUUUAAGUGGUAAGUGUAGCUUUUAAUUCAGGAUGUGUGGCAUUUAAAUAUCAAAGGAACUGAUGAAUCUUUGUUACAUUAAUUUUUGUGUACACAAUCCUUAGGGAGAUUUGAUUGCUUUGUUUGGCUUCUCCUAUUUUAAGACUUUAAUUGUCUGUUUUGACUAUAACUGCAUCCAAUAUAGUCACUGUACAGCAAAUUUGUAUCUGAAUUUGUAUUGCUGUAGCUCUGGUAUCAAUAUGAUCAGUCAUUGAUUUCUUUGCUUGAAAUGAGAAAACUAUAUCAAUUUAUUUUCUUUUACUGUAGCCUUGGUGUGAACCCUAUGGCUACAUAGAUUUAGGCAACAGCUGAGUUUUGAAGCUUCACAUGUUGACUUAUUGUGAUAAUUAAUAUUAUAACUAUGCUUUAUUUCUUUUGUUAGAAACACUGAUAGUUCUAAUGAUCUUUGGCCUUAGUAACUGAUGUUGUUUAUUUAUUUUUUUAAUAUUAUUCAUUCUUGACAUUGGCUUAUUUAAGGGUAGCCUGCGUAAGGAUCAUUAUUAGCAUGUGGGCUGUCCUUGUUAGAUCUCUCUCUCUUCAUUAUACCUACAUAGGCAUGGGCCUGUAGUAGAUGCAACAAUUUUGCUAUUCUGAUUUUAACCAUGCCUCUUCCAGCAAGGUCUUGAUGAUUCUUGAGUUUUUCCCUCUUCUUGUUCUUUGUAUACUGACUGCCUGGAAUGUCAAUGUGGUCCUUUAGCAGUCAUUACUUUGGCUGUUUGGUUUUUAAAAAGCCUAAAGAAUUUUUACUAUGAUCACCCAUGUUUGCUAGUUUGGGUGUUUGUGUCUUUUUUAUUUGUUCAGUGGUGAUUUAGAUAGAAAAGCCUCACAAUAGAGUAGCAGGACGCUGUUCCAUAGUACAGGAUAAUGUCUUGUUGUUCACUUCUGUGAACUAAUCAUGUUAUCGUUGAGGCUUAACUGUCACAAACUGGUGAAAUAAUUGUUUAUGAUUAAACAGAUAUGUUACAGUUUGGGCAUUACAUGUCCUGGAAACAUUUCGUCACAUUAGAGAUCACCAGUGGAGAUACCCUGUCUCCUCAAAACAAUGCCUCUGGGAAAUGGUUACAACAGAUAUGUUACAAUCUGGGCAUUACAUGUCCUGGAAACAUUUUGUCACAUUAGAGAUCACCAGUGGAGAUACCCUGUCUCCUCAAAACAAUGCCUCUAGGAAAUGUUUACAACAGAUAUGUUACAGCUUGGGCAUUACAUGUCCUGGAAACAUUUUGUCACAUCAGAGAUCACUAAUGGAGAUACCCUGUCUCCUCAAAACAAUGCCUCUGGGAAAUGGUCAGAACAAGAAACAAACACAGCUACCAGGAGUAUUUCCUUUGCCAGGCCUGUUUGUAUGGUAUUUUAAGAAUUUUGUCACUGCUUCUCUCAGUCUAGUACAAGAACAUAUAUGGGAUAUGAAAAAAUCCACAAAUACAUGCCAAUGGUAUGAUAGUCUGAACUAAAUAUAUUCUUAACCAAUUGUUGAGAAAUCUUGUACUGCAGUGCUGUUCUACAUGAUUGUAUACCCACUCAUUUGAUUUAGGUGUUCCUGCUGCAUUCUAACUCCUCUUUGGUCAUGGUUUAUCUCUUGUGCUUUGCACUGAGUUUGGUUUCCACUUAUAUGACAAUUAUCUCCAUUUUUGUCAUUGUAGUUGUAUUACUUUUGUGCUUUUUGAGAAACCAUCCGCGUCCUGAUUUAUUUUAAAGCAGAUCAAUAUCCAAAUACCUACAUUUCUACUAAGUGUGUAUAAAAUGAACUGAUAUUUCUUGAAUCUCACUUUUUCUAUCAACUGGAUCUCUUACUACAGGCAAUAUAACCCAUUUCCUGCAUUCUAGAGCAGUGGUUUGAAAACGAUCAUUUCACUGCAAUUCCAUCUUAUUUUUAAAGAACUCCUCUUAAAGUCUUUCCUAUCGUUACAAACAUUUUAUCCAUACUCGCCUACACCUUUUAUUUCAAUUUUCCUCAUACUUCAGGGACUUCAACGUAUGCUUUAUUGAUGUAUAACACUAGUAGGAGGUCUUAACAAUGUAAGACGAAGGAGAGAUUUUGGAUUGACCUUUUCUAGGUACAGCUCUCCAGCGUUAUUGAUAACAAGGAGAGAAAACCUAGAAACCGCAACUCCCUAAUGCGUGGACAUUGAAUCUUCUAAUGCAGACUUGAAGAAAGUAAACACGAGAAAAUAUCUGAACAUUCUACAUUCUCGCCGUUUCGAGUUGGGUAUAAUUCGUUAAAUGCUGCUUCUCUUUCACCUUAGCGGUGACGUCAACCGUGCUAAUGUAUUUCUCAAGAAAAGAGCCAAUGACAUUUUACUAAUACAGUAAAACAGCUUUGCCCGAUUUACGUCCUGCAUAACCCAACUUAAAUGUCAUUAAUGAACGGAAUCCGUAGGCUGGUACACAAGUCAAAGAUUAAAUAGACUGACAAAGCAGAGAGAGAGACAGGAAAGGAUAGCGAAUGCGUCUGAAAUCAAAUUAAAAGGCAUACUUGCAACCCAGUGAAGACGAAGGCAAACAAGGAAUAUUUCAUUAAGAACUAAAGCAAAUUAAGAGUAGCCAGAAAAAAGGAAAAGCGUUAUCCGAGUACUGAAGCUCAACGAGGCCUAACAUGAAGCUUUGGACUAACACCGCACUAUAUUGUUGUGGAAUUUUCCUUUGUUAAGAGGUUGCUGUCUCUACCAUGCAUUUACUUGACGUCAAGGCUUCUCAAGGCUCAUCACAUGCCACAUGUAGUACUUCUUAACCGUGAGACACCUGGUAACAGCAUUACAAAGCUUUCGACGGGAGAGAUAAGGAAAAUUGACUUUGGAGCAGAUUUGGCGAGAGGUGGAAGGAAUACAGCAAGCAUAACACGAGAAAUCUUAAUCAUGAAAAGCCGUGCUGUAUAUAGAUCGAAAACUUUAUUCUGAGACCGUUAGCUGUAGCAGAUCAUAAGGCUCCCUGAGAAAGGGUGAUAACAAUCUGGACCAGAGUGCUUUAGUCGCGAGGACUGCUAGUUGAAUACAAUUCACAUCCGCUCAUCAAAGAGUUAUGCAAAGACGAGACCUACCUUUCUAACUAAACCCGAGAUGUUGGGAAAAAAGACUUUGAAAGCAGUGCUAUGAUAUACAUCACUCGCUUUGUAAACGAGGUCCUUGUUGAACUGCAUUUUUAAGAAGACGAAAUUGGAUUACCCGUCAAGUAACACUGGAAGUCGAACUUGAAUAUUGUAAUUGCCCAAAUUAUAGCAUUGUUACUCCAUACAAAAAGGGGCCGUCUGCUUAUGUUACCACGCAAAUUAACCUCUCUACUUCUUAGGGGCAACAAAAUAAUCCUCACGCCAUUCCGUAUAGCUUUACUGGUCUUUUCCCAGAAGAGAUCUGUAGUCCCCAAACACACAUUAGCUAGUGCGUAAAUUGUAUCGACGAAAUUAAAUCGUAUUUUGAUUUAUACUUUACGUUUCACCUAUUUACAGAACAAUGCGAUUCAUGUCGAGGAAAUUUUAUAUUGUGCUUCCGCGACGACGGAGACGGAAUGGAUCCAAGUAAGUUGUGCAUUGCAGAGCUAAAGUACUUUUUCGAACUUAAGGUUGUAAUGGUGGAUGUUAUCUCAGCGCACCGUUCAGUAGAGGGAGAUUAAGCCAUGACAUGCGAAACUCUAUCAGUGACGCUGGUAUAAGGUUUAGGAGACAGUUUCUGAUUACGACGUUAGAAGUUUUGGAAUACUGACCCAACCUUUUAUCUAGGACGUCGGUCACAGCCCCGAAAGUUGAAUGAACUGGUCCCAAACGCCUCCCCUUCUCCUCAAUGCACAUUGCUGGCUUCGAAUUCACUUAUUAAUAGAAACAGACAAAAACGAAACUCUUAACGGUGUAAUCCCACACUCAGGAAAUCUUAAACUGUUCAGUUGACUUUUACCAAGAACCCGUUCUCUUUAACAAGAACCUGUAAACUGCUUCUCAAAGACCCUUUGUGUAAUCCUCUGUGGCACCGCGUCUAAUAUGAAGGAACCGUAAUCUUGCUUUGCAGCCGAACUCGGGAAUGUUAUACAAUUUGGUCGGUCCGUCAAACGCACCGUGGACUCCAGAAUGAUUGGGCAGUAUGGAAAUGGACUGAAGUCGUAGGUUUUAUACCAUUUUGUUUGAAUACCAUUCUGAAUCUGUUUUUAAAACCGUAUUUAGCCCUUUCUUUUUGGAAUAUAUCAGGCACUUGACAGCGCUUUUACAUAUAUUUUCACUCGUGGUAAUAUAUAUUUUUCUACAUUUCAGAGGAACCAUGCGAAUAGGGAAAGACAUGAUCCUCUUUACAAAGAAGUGAGUAUAGUUUAAAGUCUGUUUAAUGGAAACCUUUGGUUCAAACAAUUCUUUUAAAAAUUGUGUCCUGAAGAUCCUCAAAUUUGACAAGAGCACCACCUCUCUUACUCCAUGCUUAAUAGUGAACGCACCAGAUUUGUGUUAGUAUAUGUCUAAUUUUGGAGAGUUAUGAAACAAAACGAAUGGUUCGUUGAGCGGGAAAUAUUUAGAUCCAAUGGAUUCUGUUGAGGUGUUGGUCAAAUCGCUGCGAUGGGAGUAUCUCGUUUGCUCCCUCGGUUGUGGAAGUAUACAGUUAAACUUGUUGUUGUAACGAAAAGAUGCUUUUUGUGGCUUAAGUAAAUCAGAAUUGUUAUUUUAAUUUUCAGAGGUAACACCAUGAGCUGCCUGUUCCUUUCAAGGACAUUUCACGAGAAAGAGAAGAUUGAAGAAGUGAGUCGCGAAGGAAGAUAAGCUUUCAAAUGCAUGGCCUACAAUAUUGCGUACCGUUAAGGGGAACAAUCUUCUCUCCAAGUAAAUACCAAAUUCGGGGGACUUACCUUAGUGUAUCAUUAUCGUUUCGGUAUCUUCGAAAAGGUGCUCGUCAUGCAUCUUGAUGAUUGCGUAAAUAACAAAGCGGAAAUGAAGUGACCGAGAUGCGCUUAUCAUAGCUGUUGAAAAUCAGCCAAUCACAAGGCCGCUCAGUGCCUUUUAGUAUGACGCAUUUGCAGUCGACCUCACCUAUUGAAGAAGAUUAGUAUUAUGCAGGCAAAACGUGGCGUUCCAUAUCAGAAGUGACUAUAUCGUGGGGCAGGAGAUUAUUGCCAUUAUAAUUUUAGUUUGAACAGCUCGAAUAGAAUAAUUUCUCCCUCAGACUUGUUUAAAGGAUGCCAUUUUGAUUUUGGGCACCGGUUUCUCCGUCUCGACUCCGAUAGACCUCUGCAACACUAAUGUAUCACAGGUGGUUAUAUCCAACUGUUAAAUUUAGGUAUGAAUGCAGAAAGAAAAACUGCUUUGGUUUCCUCUUUCAUAACAGGUUGUAGUUCCGAUGCCUUCCUGGGAAGUAUCCAGUAAGAAACCUUUUGGUAAAUCUAAGCGUGAAUUGGAAAAGGUAGGAAUCGCCAUUUUUACUUCUCUUGUUGAAGAUAAUUGUUACAAAAGCCAGCGUAAUUAACGUCAACAUUUUCCCUUCACAGCAUCAACUUGAAUUGAAUUUGAUCUUGAAGUACUCGCCUUUCAAGAUGGAAUCACAGUUGUUUGAGCAAUUUGAUAAAAUAGGAUCGAAAGGUACUUUUGUAGACGUGAAUAUACUUUUCAUUUGAAUCUGAUAACUACACAAUUACUUUCUUUAUAUAUUAACGCUCGAGGUCUUUCCUUUUUUCUCUUCAGGGACGCUAGUUGUUGUGUAUAAUGUAAAACUCAUGGAUAAUGGCGAGCCUGAACUUGAUGUAAGUUGAACGCAGUCGAAAAGACCACGAGGAAUGUAAUGAUGUAUAUCGUACCUUAGUCACUGGUCGAAAAAAUCUUUCCGUUUUAUCUUAGUUCUGACGAUACUUAUAGUGCAAUCAGUAAUCUUUAUAAGACUCAGUUUGAAAUCAGCAUUGGGACUCAAGGUUUCCCUAACUUGAGUUGUAGUGUUGCAAAGUAUGCAAGUGUGUACAUUGUGGAAUGAAAGAAAAUUAAGGGGGUUGGUAUUUUUUGUUAAUUAUAGGUUCUAAAAUUGGGAGCAAGAGUUUUAGCGAGGUUACAAUUACGAGACAAACAUGAUUUCCGAAAAUAUUCAAAGAAUCUUUCCUAUUUAUCUAGAGGAACAUGAAAAAUUUCAAACCGAUGCUUUCAUGUUUAUCCGAAUAAAGUUCGUUUGCAGCCUCUACGAGUUCGUCCAAUUCAAACCCACAUUACCAAUGCUAACGUUUAACCUCUAAGAAGUGAUUUACCGCUACCUUCUCCUUACAAUAUCGAUACAUCGUCCAGAAACCAGGUGAUGAGAAUAGGCAAAUUUAUCAGUUAGAGGGUACGUUCUAAUAUAACACCAUACUCUGUCAUUAAUUUACAAGGAAAUGUAAAACAGUGAGCAGGACUUGUGUGGAUAAAAGAUCGUAAAAAAUGGUUCUGCUGAUGUUGAUGAUUACAAUAAUAAUGAUGGUGAUAAUAAUGAUGAUAAUGUAAGCGAUUAUACUCUACCAUCACUUCUAUGCUCUUUGACUCUGUGAACCGCUGUAUAUGAAUCUUGUUGCGAAGUAAUGUGACUUGCCAGUUUUUACCACGGACGCAGGAGGCAAUAUUGCUUCGUGGCUGGGAGAGGGGGAGGUGCAUGUUUAGUGACAAAACCUAGACAGGAAGGCGGAUGUUUGCUAGUGCUUUCUUUGUCGCUGAUGUGUGUGUAUUGAGCUACUGGUUUCCAUAAAAAAGGAUGACUGAUAGUCGCAUCCGUUUAAUAGAACUGAAAAGAGGUUUUUCUAACUUGUAAUCAGUUCAGAUGUUGUUCAGUCAAGUGGCGGUAUCGAAUGCAAGGAAGGAAAACGAUUCAUUCGUAACUAACUAAUGAUAUAAAAAAUGACCAGUUGUCCGCAUCAUAGAACGUAUUAUAGGAAAGAAAAAGUGGGGACAAGAACCCAUAUUCCCGUAACCGAUAGCAACAGCGACUUAUAUAUCGUGCUCCUUUGAGGAAUUAGUAAAGUUUUAUUUCCUUGAAACGCUGAGUGAAUCCACGCUUUGAAUUAGACAUACGUUACACUCACCCCCUUCCCUCGCCAAUCUACGUACAUUAAGUGACGAUGUUCUCUUGGUAAUUGGUUGGAUUUUGGCUACGUUUUGUGGCAAAGGUUGGACCUCGAUUUUAACAUGAGGAGAGAAUCUUAUAAUACAUCUGACUCCGGGCCCCUCAUAGUCACAAAGAAGUGAUAAUCUGUAGAGACAAAACAGCCAGACAUGCCCCUAAAAUACCACCUAUUAGAAUAUCAUGUCUGCCAUUGUCAAGCUGACAAUGUUAAUGUCAUUGGAUACGUAGGUAGUCAGUGAUCCUCAUGAUAUCAAAAUGGCGGAUCCAGAGGCAGGAGGGAACGUGGCAGAUUACGACUUGUAAGUGUUAUUUCGACCAUAUUCCUUGCAUUGUAUACUCUCUUUUUUCGUAUACAAUGCCAUAGAUACCCUAGAAUAAGAGGUUACGGUUUAAUAUCGUUUGGGUCAUGGCGCAUAGAGGCCAAUUAAGCCCUAUAACAGGUGGAUUCAACACUUCCUCUGAUAUGAGAAACUUCAAGUGACAGCUUAUAACUAGUCCAUAGGAGAAUCGUGCCUGAGAAAAUUACCCUCAAGGUCCUGGUGACUAGUAUAAGGUGCUGUCCUUGGAAUCUACAAGCGACUUGUCAGCAAGUCUGUUUAAAACUAAGUACAUGUGAACGAUAGCCCAGGUCAGUGGAGCGCCCUUUAAGCUAAACAUGCAUCCGAAACUCACAAAAUUAAAUACAUCGGAAUAUUUUUUCACAAAAUUAGGUGUAAUUUUAUCAAUAAUGGCACUAAAAAUUCUCUGCUUUACAGAGCUUUAUAGAUGGAGGUGAACCAAUUUUUUGUUUGUUACAUUUCUCGAGUAGAUAAAAUUUUAAUAGUUAGUUGUUGUUAUUCUGCUAGGGCUAUGCCAGAGAGGAUUUCGUUUAGAGCCUACACUGCAAUUAUGUACUUGGAUCCUCGAAUGAAAAUUUACAUACAGGUGCGAGUGGUCAUGUGUUCAGUGUAUACUAAUGAGCUGGCUGAUCGAGUGUUUGCGGAGGUGCCAAUCUCUUGCUUCUUUUUUAUUCCAUCAGGGUAAAAAGGUGCGGACAAAAAGACUAACGACUUGCUUAUACAACACGAAGUGAGUAACGUUAAAAAUAUUUCUUUGAUUUUUCUUGUUACUCUUGCGAUGAUUCGUAAAACGUUGUUACAUUAGGUUAUUUUCAUCGCGCUAGUUGGCUACAUGCAAAACAUCUUAACAACCUUUUUCAAUGCAGCGAGUUGUGUGAAUCCCUUUGGAGCAUGUUCAAGGAUGUGGAAUUAGGUUUGAACUUAUUUCUUGUGUUACGUUUCCCAGGUGUUACGAUUUCACGUCUAAAAGGUUCAAGACAAGAUCGGAACAGGAGAGUGAGAAGGCUGUUCGUGAGGCUAAAAUAGGUAAUGAAUGAAAGACUGUUGUUAAACGUAUAUUAAGGGUCCAACCUUGAAUCAUAAUACUUGGUAUAACUUGUAACACUGCCUUUCAAAAGUUAAGUUUCAAAAUUGUUUCUUCUUCUCGCUUCUGUGGUACUUUCAACUUAGUUUUGAAACGACCUCAAAGCAAGAGCGGGAUUUGCUAUCUACAAAACGCUAAACUUGAUAUAAUAUUCCAGGAAACGUUACCUUUCGUUAGGUGCGUCGAAAUAGGAGUGAAUUUGGUGGCCGUUACUUAAGUUUUUGUACGUACAAGUAUUUUUAGACCUUGACAAGAUUUAAUUAUGAGCCCCUUUUAUAAUUUACUUUGCAGCCGAGGAGAAGGCGCGAGAGCUUGAAACACAAGCAAGGUAUCUUUUGAGUAGAUAAGAAACUUUGUGUCCAAUUGUCUUUACUAGAUCUCAUGAAAACUUUUACAAAUUUCAGGGAACUUCAGAAGCAGGCGGAACAGACAUCCAAAGAUAAAAGGGUAUUAGUUUCAUAUUCUCAUUUUUUUUGCCACACAAUCAUUCAUGUUCUCCCCUGCCUGGGAAUGUUUUGCUCGCGUAGUUCGCAUUUAAUAUAGUUUCCUCACUACUGCGUGCAGCUUAGGGCUUGAUCAGCGGGCGCUUGUUAACAAAAUAGAGGCUUUUUCCGUAUGGCCUAAUCUCACCAUAAAGGUGCAUCUUCUUAUUAAUAUACACGAGUUUGGCGACCUUCGGUUCUACCUAUAAGGAAAUAGAAAAAAAAAAAGCAGGUCUUGUGCAACACACAGCACCUUUAAUAUUUCUUUACUUCUAAAUGUAAUAUUUUCCCCUACCAAGGCGGAGCUGAGAAAAGCACAAGGGCUCGCUACGGCCGCCAGGGCAGAUGCACAAAUGAAGACCAACAUUGCUGAAGCUAAAAAGAAGUACGUCAAAUCAUUACCUGUAGAAUGCAACAAUCGAAGUAAAUGUAUUAUAUUUUCUGCAGUCAAUAUUUACUUCCCAAAGUAAUGGAACUGGAUAGAAAUGAGUGCCCCCUUUGCUCCUAAGCGGCUUAAAAUAGAAGAACUAAAGCAAACCUCGAAAUUCUCGGAGAAACAAUGGCUGAGCAAAGCUAGAGAACUUGCCUUAUUGUCUGUUAAAAGCCAAAUUCAAGGGGCGAAUUUUAAGCCAUCGUAUACUUCUUGUGCACAGCAAUUUGUGUUGAAUAAUAAGAUAUUUUACUACCUGAUUUUGGGCUUGGUUGCGCGGUAGUAGCAGUUAAGGCGUAUAGUAAAAUUGAUUAAAAUUACUCCUAUUCUGUUGUUUAGACUGUCAGUGUUGCAUGACAUUUUUCCUCAGAUCCAUGAAGGAACCUAAGACUCUUAACUUUACUUUUGGAUUCAACAUUGAGAAUCGUCGUUAUUACGGAAUGUUCAUUUACAACUGCAGUCGGUACGUUUUCUUUAAUCUCUGCCUUGAAGUCGUUCGUGUUAUUAUACAAGUUGUGUUCGCUAAGAAUUGCUAUUAAAAUGGACUGAAUAAUUGUGGCCUUUUCCUCCAUGUUUCCUUGUGAUUGAUUCUUCUCAGAGACUGACUUGUGUUCAUUUUAUAGGUUAAUAAAAAUGUACGAAAAAGUUGGCCCGCAAAAGGAAGGAGGAGUGUAAGUUGUAGCUUUCUAAGUAUUUUUGUUAUGAUAAUCUCUACCUUGUGCUCAUCUGAUAACGAUCAUUGUUAACAUGUACAGCCCUGUGUACAUUUGCAUGUCUGUCAGUCACCUCUGGUCAAUAGUAUCCAUUGCCUUCAGCCAAAAGAAAAACUUCAAUUUGCCUCUUUACAUACAGAAUUUUUUUUCCUUGACUUUGUUUCUCGUAUUUUGUUUUGCAGAAAAUGUUACGGAAUCAUAGGUAUGAUGGCCCCUUUCCAUUUUAUUCCACAAAAAUCCCUGUCGCAAUAAAACCAAUCAACGAACCAAAUAUUAUGACCUAAUCUUAGCAACAGAUCGAAACUGACUUACCUUAGCUGACAAACGCGAUUUGAAUCUUACAGCCAACAGCAUCAUGGCAAACCUGACAAUAAGCGUCAAAAAUCGAAACUUCAAUAAUUCGUUCUUCACGUGAAUUGAUCACCAUUCGCAUUCGUUUCCUCUCCCUCAGGUGUUGUAGAUGUGCCUUAUCUCGUUUUGGAGCCCACACACAAUAAGCAGGAUUUCGCAGACGGAAAGGUAUAAGAUACUUGCCCAGUGUCUUCGUGAAUAGAACGUUACCUAUUCCAGUUGAAAACUGUCUUUCGCGCCUUCUUUCAGCCAUCGGAAUACGUCAUGCUGCUCAUUAUCCAUAUACGAGUAGUGUAUUUUCAUGGUUAAAUGCGGCCAGAGAGAAAGACUUCAGGUGUAUUGAAACACAAGAAACGUUUUAAACCGAAAUCACCUUCUACCGGAGUGAUUAAACAUGCCGUCAUUCGAAACUUCUUUAUCCGCUGAAUUUUUCUGAAAGAAACGUGCAACUCCCACCUGGGUGAUUCUCCCUCAAUUUUCCCUUCCUCUUCUUUCCAUUUACAGGAAUUUAAACAAUUACAAAGAGCGUUGGGUGAGCACUUAGAACAAUAUUGGAAAGACUCGAAAAUCGAAAGUAAGUGUUUGCUUGGUCAAUUCGUUCUUUCACUGACCUUUGUGGUACUUCUCCUCUAAAAAAUCUCGGUAUUAGUUGAAAGGUCUCACGUUCAAACUUGUUGGUGUGGUCAGUUGCCCACUCAAUCUGCUUUUACCAUUUCACGCCCGAGAUCUGAAAGCAAUCUGUCCUAACCCUAUGGCUGUGCAUUUCUCCAUUGCAUGGUGGUGAGAACCUGUUGUUAUAUUCUAGCAACUUAUUUGCUUAAUCCUUGUUACUUCUCCACACGAUACUAUUUUAAAAUUGAACAGUGAACCUAUUCAUCUCCUACAGGGAUUAAAGGGUUAAUAUGUUGCUAAAUGUCUCAUACGUUAUUUGUACUGAUAUAGUGCCGUGUUUUCUGUACAGGUCAGGGUGUAACGAAGUUCUGGUAAGUUUUUGGAAAGGCUAUCGUUUUGUUGUUGGUUUGUUUGUUGGUUGGUUUUUUUUUGCGAUGCUUGUUGCUCAAGUGUAUGGAUCUUAACUGGGUCUAAAUCGACUGUUUUCCUACGCUUAUUUUAUCCCAGGGAGGAUUUCGGCUAUGUAGGCAAAUGGGCAGACGGCCCCUCUAUGGAUCAGAAGUUUGCGAGAAAAAGGGCGAUGCAGAUACCAUUAAAUGUACAGUGCGGUACGUUGAUAACGUCACUAAUAGUUUGUAAAUGAACGCGAACACUUAGGCAUCGUCAACCGACUUACUUUAACCCGUCCCUGAUAUUCCUACUGAUACGAAACAUCACCCCAGUUGUGGACUUGCAGCUAAUAUGUGAUGCUAAGUUAAAGAAAUUUAACAUGUGGUCCAAAAUACAGCGACUCUGUAGGAAGUCUAAUCUCCUUAGGGCAAGGGGAGGUCACUCAACAAUUUCUCUAUGUGGAUACCUCUCCCUGAGAUUCAAACCCUUCAUCUAUAAUGUGCAUCUCUGAAAAUGGCGUCUUUUGCUCACUUGACAUAGAUCAUGUAAAUGUUGGCACAUCAGCAAUGUGUUAGAUUUCCUUUUUUUAAAAAAUAGUUUGUCUGUUAACCUUAUUAUACAUAAGUUAUGGUAUGGCUUGAUUAUAUCGUUUUCGUGCGUCUUUAGACAUAUGCCUUAAAUGGCGAAAACUGCCGUUUGCUCAGAAAAAUGUCGGUCGUCAAUUACCAGACGAAUGGUGUUGUGCCAUGCACCCCGAAUCAGAUUUUAACAGGUUUGUUCUCCUUGGAUUUGUAUAACCAGAUAUAGAUGAAAAGUUAGUAAGAAUUUUAUAAGUCCGCCUUCUACAAUCCGUAAUAUUUUUUGGGUGUAGUGGAACUCCGGUUGUCUCUGUCCAUGUUAAUCAAGCAUCAUAAGCAUCGUAAGCAUCGUUUUGUUGUUUCCCCUUACUUUAUGAAGAUUUCGGUAUCGCAAAACGACCUCAGAUGUAAUGUUAGAAUUUCAGUUCACUAAAGUAAUAGCUUGUGGUAGGGCAUUGCGUUACCCUUUGACUCACAGGAUCUUCUUGAUACAGCAAUAAAUUGUUAGUACUUUUACACUUUGGAAUUUUUAACUCAGUCACUGAAAUCAGCUUUCAAAUCUUGGAAAUGAAAAGAUUGAACUGUGUUUCUCUUACAGCUGUGACCGUCCUGAGCAGGUCAUUCCAAUUAAGAAAGGAACUUUACAGAAACAAACUAAAUCGGCCGAAGAGAAAGCGAAAGAACUACAAGACGAAAUCCGGAAAAAGAGAGAAAAACUCUCGCAAGUGGAGGUAUAGUUACGCAAUCGUGAUCAAUAGCUCUGUUUAUGGCAAACAUGGAAAAAACGUUCGUUCGAAAGCGAGGCCGUUUGGAUGGCUAAUUUUGGCGAAGGACAGGAAGAUAAUUAAAAAUGUCAUAUGGUUAUAUUGGUCGAAAGCCGUACGAAAUGGAAAUUAGAAGUGAGAUCAUUAGUUCAAGGGAAAGACAGUGGGGUUUGGAGAUUAGUAGAGACUACGGUACAAAGAUAUAGUCAGAGGGGUUGGAGGGUGGACAGUAGGGACCAGAGGUAGAUACUGGUAUAGGGAAAUAUUUCGGUGUUGAUGGUUUGAGCAGUAAGUCAAUAGCUCCGAUUUAACGAAGCUGUUAUAAGCUUGGUGACGACAAAGUGUAGUUAUCCGUCAUGCAUUCAGUCACGUUACAGUUUUGUAUUCAGUAGUACACUGUUCAUUGUUAUCUUCGCAGCGUCAACGACCACAAGUCGCACAGGCCACGACACAGAGAAGGGUAUGCUAUUUCUCAUAUUAAAGUAGUUAAAUAAGUGGGAACUUACAGAGGAAAGAGGUCUGUCAACAGUGUUAUGAGCUUCCACUGUUGCAGCUGUCUACUUCGGUUACAGGGUUUUCUCAUGGCUGCUAAAAGUACAUGGAUGAUAUAAAACAAAGGGGUAGAAAUGUUCUGUGAUAUCAAUGAAUUUUGUCUGACAGUAGGAUCUCCUCUGUUUUAUUAAGGUCGAGAGAGUAUCUUCGGCGGAGAGUACCUCCUCAUCUACAGGCGACACUACAGAGGUGAGGGAAAAAAGCUUUUUUUCUAAGACAAAUUUGCUGAAUAAUGUAAGCCCUUCCCUCGCUGAGCCGCACACUCGCACACCACCUACCAAGGUCAGGUAAAGGAACAUAGUUAGGUUUAUCUCAUCAUGAGGUCUUUUCUCAUCUGAUGGAUAUGGUGACCCAGUCUGAUUAUCUGGCUGGAAUGAAGAUCGAGAAGGCCUGUUCGAGCCUAAGUCAGGGUCAUGGUGAUGUACUGUAGCGCAAGCUGUCCUUGACAAGAGAAACACUUUCUUAUAUUUUAAACGAACACCUUUUGAUUUUCUUGUAUACAUUCAGAGACGAGUACAGAGGAGGCCAGUCGCGGACAGUACAGAAGUUAAGAGAACAAAGUCUACGAACGAGGUAAACGAGCGUUGCUAAUAUUGGGAGAAUUACAUCUGCUAUUGCAAUUGAUUUCUGGGUCUUAUUUUUGCUGGUUGAAGAAGAGGCUUCAUGGACUUUAGAAAUGUUGCUGACAUGCGUCGUGUCUUACAGUAAUGUAUCCAAAAAUAUAUAAAUUUAUUAUCUGUAUCCGUUAAGUAGAUGGUGAUAUUAAAGUGCGAGGUAAUUCCCGAAGGUAAUGUUCUUAUUCUCCGUGAGGAACUGCUUGAUGUCACCAAAUAGUUAAUAGUUUACAGACAGAUGAAGACGAAAUGUUUCCACCUGAAACGGUGAACAUUACUCCCACUCGAGACUAAGCAAGGGCUUCCCUACUUCUAAAUCGAAAGUUAAGGAGAUAAAAUUAUGAAUUACACUGAUUAGAGAUAAUACCCUUACUACUGUCGGAUGAUAGGAUGUUACUGCAAUUCAUUUGUAGAUGAAAUGCAAUAUUGACGGCGUCCAUUUUUUUCUUUCUUAGCCAUUAAAACGGCGAAAUACAACAUCUCCGAUUACAAUUGAGGUUAGUGUACUUUCUGUGAUUUAAAACGCGUAAUAAAUAGCUUUUUUGUUAAUGAAAUAACUGUUUCUUUCAGGCCAAACGGAAAAAGAAUGAACCACAAGCAACGAAGGUAUGAAUUUCAAAUCAAUUUGUGAUUUUACUUGAAGUUAUUCCACAGAUACUGUGGAAGUUGAUUGGUAAAAUUUCCAACCAAAACUUUCCACGGUAAAUUGAUUUUGCAUUUGGUUUUUAUGGUAGGCGAAUUGUUAAACAUUUACUUUCCUAAACAUGAUGCCAGCAUAACAUACUCGUUCUAAUUGUAAUAACAGACCGUGGUCAGAAAGGAACCUCAGGAACAAAGAGAACAGCAAAUAAAGAGACGAGAGGAACUUAAGAAAGAGGAGCAACGGAAAAAAGAAGAAGCGGAAAAACGGAUAAAAGAAGAGAAGGAAAAACAAAAGAAAAUAGAAAUGGAAAAGCAACGACAACGACAACGAGAAGAAAAAGAGCGACAACGGAAACAGGAAGAACUCGAGGAAGAAAAUAAAAAAGAAAGAGAAAAAGAACAGGAACAACAACGAAAGAAAGACGAAAAAGAACAGGAACAACUUGAGAUGGAGCAACUCAUGGAAUGGAGUAGCGAGGGAGAAACUGAUGCAACGACACGUAAGACAGUAUUGUUUUUUAAUAAUUCAGUCUGUUUAGUCUGAGUUAAUUGACUUGAGUCUCGUACGCGCUCAAUCUCCUUCUCGUUCAAUGAGUGCAAUAGGAUCUAAUAACAUAUGGCAAAUGAUGGGCAAAUCCAAAUAUUGGAACAAUACGGGGAACUACGUCGGACGGAUAAUGAAUAAAUACGGGUAGUGGUCUCUAGAACUGGGCCUUGCCUUAACAUCCUUCUUAAGGAAUGAUUUCUAAGGCAAAAAUUGAGUUGAGCACUUUGUUUUAAUUACAGUUUAUCUCGAUGAAAUGUGAUUCGAGAGAAUAAAGUUAAAGAGCAUUCGAAUUUGAGGGAAUUAACUCGGUGAAGUGACAAAUAGCGUGGUAUUAGGGGAAAAGCUUGUAAACUUUAGUGAAAACCGUUAUUAAAGUUUCUUUUCUCUCUCUUUAGUCUCAAAGGGAACCAAAGUAGAAGCGCGGGUUGAUAACUCAAACUGGUAAGUUACCUUUCGGCCUGUAUGGAAACAUUUGCUUAUGUAGGAAGAGUAAUUCUGUAAAAUCGGGCGCCAACUUAACAGCCCUUGCCUCAUUAGGGUACUUUCUUGCCUUUGCACUUUCUUCAUAUGUUCUGUGCACUAAGGCUUGUGUCUUUCACUGAGAGAGCUUCUCGUUGAGGGAGUUUGGCGUCUCUAAUCUAUUGAAUUUUACCUUGUGGUGUCUAGGUACAUUGGUACAGUGUUUGCUUCAAAACCGAAAAAAGGAUUUGCUUGCCGAGUUCGCGUCAAAUUCGACAUGUACCCAAAGGACAAGUACGACAAGUGGUAAGGGGAUAAGUAACUUGACGAACGGAGUUAUCUUUAUCCAAAAGACAUCUUAAAAAGUAACUCAGGAAGGAUCGAGGGAUGUUGGAGUUCGUCUCACUCUAUGACAAUAACAGACUCCUAGAUAAGCAGAACAACUCCCCGAAAUAGAGACUGGAGUCGGUCCAUGCAUUGAUCUUAUAGUAAUUUAUUUGCUUUUAUUUUCAAGGAUUUUUUUUCUUUAAUAAAUCUUCUGUAACAUUUUCUGCAGGUUUGACCAUCCCAGUGAAGAUUUGAGAGUUCUAAAAGUGAGUUUGUCGUUGUUAAAGGUAGAACUACUUAGUAUGUCUCGCACGUGGCCAAGUAUUCUUGCAGUUUUGCUAUAAUCUAACAUACUUCCUCACCUUUGAUAAGACCAUCUACCUCGUUGGAGUAUCCUGAGUGACAGCUCAGUCACAUCUCACUCCACAACCGCCAAUAUUUAAUCUCCGCAUAAUUACGACCAACAAAUCAUUCUUAAGCUUCCAUGUAAUGGUCAUUCGUGCCAUAAAUUUACGUCGUUGUUACAGCCAAAGUUUCUUCUCGCCAUGAUGAUAUGCCAUUAACAAGGAUCCACUAUAAUGGUCGCGGCUUCAGUGAUGAUACAGUUUUGUCUAAGACGGCGGAUGGUUUGUCGUUUAUUUACAUCGUUUGCGAGCCUCAUGAUAACGGAAACGAUGACCUUUAGAAGGUUGCAUAAGGUUUAACAAAAUUGCUUGACGUGUAGAGUUUCAGAUCGAUUAUAACAAGUUCACAGUCUUGGCCGAAAUUUUUAGCUUUUCUCGUCGCGUAUUCAUUGGUAGUUUAAUGAUAUUAGAGAGGAAGGUACAUACCCAAUAGAGGUUAAAGGCGUAUUAACGUAGUUGCCAGGAGGCCGAGUGUGUGAACACUAUUCCUCUCUGUUUUAAGCCUGUGGAAGAAUCAGCUCCCAAGUCUCCAAGCCCAAGUAGAGAAGUGUCAAGCUCGACAAUUGAAGCGCCAAGCAGUCGGCAGGAGCAGGAUCAGAAAACACAGCCGCCAGCUCGACAAGUGAAGGAGCCUGUACAGUCCCCAGAGGACAACCGUGUGUCGUCAAUGUCGGAUGACACCCUUACGGCAGACCAGGAGCACCCUGCAUUAAAAGACGUCGUUGGGUUGUUUAGGUUUGACUGUCAUUGUUUUCGAAAUUCUUUUUGAUUUAGUUUUGGCAAUGUCUGCUUAUCUUGUAGACACAACUCCCAUUACAAGAUGCUGUCUUAAGUAUAUUCCGGCAAAUUGUAACCUUCAAUAGAUACUGCUUUCUUAUAUGCCUCGGUAGACGAAGGGUGAAAUCAGUACGAACCAAAUCAUUAACUUGUAUCACUCUUCUUCACAAGUAAUUAAACCAAAUCCAUUUUAAGCGACUCAAAAACAUCUCGUAAUAUCUUCAGUAAUUCCCUAUAGAAUGCCUGUUUUAAUAAGAGUAUGUUUUAAAUGAGUUCUCUUUUAUUUAGACGCUGUCUUUGCUAUUUUGCUCCUCCGUCGUUUAAAAUUUCAAAGGAGGACAUUAAAGAGAUGGGCACUGAGGAGCUGAGAGAAUUUCCACUGGUAUGAGUUAAUCAUAUCCAGGCUUACUCCAGUUACUUUUGUUUUUGAUUUUUUUAACCUGCUCUCGGUACUUUUAUCAUUAGCAGUUUUUGAAGUUAUUAUUACGUUUUUUUUUUCAGGACAGCUUUAUUGAUGAUUACGAAAAAGGAAUUUCGGAGGUAAAUGAAUUUUUUCCGUUCCUUUUGUCUUUCAGUCCGUUAGUUUUCGUAUUUUUUUGUUAUUUAUUUUUCUUUUAAUCGAACGAGUCAAUUCAUCAAGCUAAUAAUUUAAUUACUUUAUUGUGCUAUUUUAGUUGAUUGAUGGUUUCCGGAAAAAAGGGGAAGAAGCCGAUCAAAGAGCUACAAAUGCUGAGCAGCGUUUGGCGGAAGCAAACAGCGAAAAAGAGAGAUCAACGACCAAAUUAAUAAAUCUGCGAAAAAAUGCAGGAAAACUGCUUCGCUUUAUACAAGAGGUGUGUUGACACCUUGGAUUUCUCGGAGCAAUCGUCCCUUUUCGUGAAUGUUUUUGAUGAUGCAGUCGUCCAUUCCACUUUUGCGGCCGGCCACUUGUUUUUUUAUGUUUUUCUUGUAUUGUUGUGUUUUUACGUUACUUAAGAGGUUUUUGUUGCCUUUUUCCCCGAAAAUCCUAGCUUUUUGACGUCAUUUUGUCGAUGCUGGUUUCGUUUUCAGAGCCGCCUUAGAUAACAGCGAAUCGUCGAAAUCGAAGUGCGUUGUGUAGAAUAAUUCCGCGACAAAGUCGAGUAUUAUCAAAGUGCGACUGCAUUGUUUUUCAUUUUCGUUCCUUCCUUACAGGAAUAAUGAAAUUGCACAUGGGCUAUGUUUACUUUUAGUGCUUUCGUUUCAUGAUCCCCUUGGGCUAGGUGAUAAUGUCAAACAAAGCACGUGCAUGUGAUCUUCGUACUAAUGAAGUAAUUAUACUAGCCUUUAAGCUCUUGUUUUGCCGUGUUCCCACUCUAGGAUCCCAAUGACUGCGCAAUAAGUGAGGAUGAUGUUUCAGACAAAGUGGAUGAAAUGAUGGAGAACAUAGCACAGCAGGCGGAGGACCGAUGACGGAUGCUUUUUUUUUUUUUUUUCUUCCAGUUCGCUGAUUCUUUACGUGCCAUUCGUGUUCUUUCAAUUUUAUAGUACACCGUUUUUACAAGCUGUGCGAUGACUCAUGGUUUGUUAAGCUCAACUCUCUUCCAAUUUUGGUACAAGUCAACACGCGUUGGACGAUAACGCACGUUCGGCUCGCAUUCAAAGAUGCCUUUUCACUCGAGUUAUUCCAUACAACUUGAAGAAAUUUCUUUAAAUUGCAACUGUAUACAUAUGCACAAAUAAACGUUUUGUUUUCGUUGGAAAUGUAAGAGAUUUUUCUCAAACGGUCGCGAAAUGUUUUUCUAAGAAGCAUCGAUGACUCAAGACAUUUGAAAAGGAACAAGAAGGACUUCAAAGGCUGUUCGUUUUGAUGGUGAUCACCUGAAAUUGGGAGUCAGCGAUGCCUUAAGUCCCAAGUAAAAUGUCACACUCAUGCGCAGGAAAUGUGCCUGGACAAGGAAGUCAACAUUUCAGACACAUAACCUCCCGAGGUUUAUAAUUUUUCAGUUAUAUGAUGAUAUUUAUUUCAGACGGACGUAGAAAGUCAGUUCAGUAACGUUUUUAACUGUAAAAUAUCUGUUUUUCAGAAACACAAUGUAAUGACUAUUUUGUAUUAUUUUAAAAGAUAAAUGUGUGCAUACGGUUUUUUGACUUGCUUGUUAUCACACUAUUCUUAUGAUUCCUGUGCAACGUGUGAAGGAACUUGGCGUGUUAUUUCGUGGUCCUCUAGUUGAUUCCUACAAGGUGAAGGAGUCGUGUUAGUUGAAAUCUUAAAUUCAGUGACUUAAAAACAAAUAUUGUUAUAGUGCUUGUUGAAACCUCUGUAGGCAAGUACAGAAAACUAAUGAAAACAGUAUCAGGAAUAACACCCUCAUGACUUGUCUGUUUUCAAGUAAAAACUCGAUGGUUCAUAUGGUGACUUACACUGUGAAUCUUCCUAACCAUGAAAACUACUCAAAAAUUGUAAAGUGAUAAUUUUGGAAUUAAAUGGAUCAGAAAACAAAAAAGUAUCUCAGACCACAAAUUUUGACUUGGUUCCUUUUAACUGAGCGAAUAUAUUCGCUUUGGCAAAUGUUGAACGGUGCUCAUAACCCAAUACACAGACGCUUUGGCAAAUAAAUUGAUAUUUUAUUCAGUAGCGUGUCACUAUUUUCUAUCUUGCCUCAAAUCUCAAUUUUUCUCUUGAGAGAACGUCAUUCACGUAAAGAAUACAUUAAAGAAUUCCAGGAUGUUUUAAAACGACG